UCGCUUGACUACGGUUGCUGCAUGGCAUUGUUGAAGAGGAAGGGAAGCAGACUGUUCUGCGCCGUUCGGGGGAUGCACUGAAAGGGGUCGGACGCUGAGGGCGCAGCAGUGGAGACAUCUCGGGCUUGCCUGGCGUGGAGGAGGACAUAGAGGCGUGGCAAAGUCUGGGGGAGAGGCUGCAGGUCUUUGCUACAUACCCAGUCUGCAGGAUGGCCCAGCACAAAUCCAGCCUCCCUGCCAAGCUGAUCAAUGGGGGCGUGGCUGGGCUGGUGGGAGUAACCUGUGUGUUUCCCAUUGACCUGGCCAAAACCCGCUUACAGAACCAGCAGGGAGCCCGAGUCUACAGCGGGAUGUUGGACUGUUUGACACAGACAGUGAAGAGAGAGGGGUACUUCGGAAUGUAUCGAGGUGCCGCGGUGAACCUCACUCUCGUCACCCCAGAGAAAGCCAUCAAACUGGCAGCCAACGAUGUCUUCCGUCAGCACCUCUCCAAGGACGGGAAGCUGCCCCUGUGGGGAGAGGUUCUGGCAGGCUGUGGCGCGGGAACCUGCCAGGUGGUAGUGACCACGCCAAUGGAGAUGCUUAAAAUACAGCUGCAGGAUGCUGGAAGGCUUGCUGCACAGAGAUCGGUGCCUGUGCAUAACCCCGCCCCCUUGCCAGAGACCGCCCCCCUGCAGCGGCGCUCAGCCACCAGCAUCACCCUGGAGCUGCUGAGGACCCGGGGCCUGGCUGGGCUGUACCGUGGAGUUGGAGCCACACUGCUCAGGGACGUCCCUUUCUCCAUGAUCUACUUCCCGCUGUUCGCCAACCUGAACGCGCUGGGCCGGGGAGAGCAGGGUUGCCAGGGCGACGCGCAGCAGCGGGCCCCCUUCCUGCAGUCCUUCGCGGCCGGCUGCGGAGCCGGGUCGGUGGCUGCGGUCGCCGUCACGCCCCUUGACGUGAUAAAGACGCGGCUGCAGACCCUGCGGAAGGGCGUUGGGGAGGAUUCAUACGGCGGCAUUGUAGACUGCACACGCCGAAUCUGGACCCGGGAAGGACCAUCCGCCUUCAUGAAGGGGGCGACGUGCCGAGCGUUGGUCAUCGCCCCUCUCUUCGGCAUCGCACAGGGGGUCUACUUCCUGGGAGUGGGGGAGCACGUGCUCGGCCUGCUGGGAUAGCAGCCGGCGGAGUCUCUUCGCUGUGAAAAGCACCAGCUCUGUACUGCGGCAAAGGGGGAGAGGGAAGACCAGGGCCCUGGCCCUUAAUCUGAGCUGAGAGCACAGCAGGUGCGCAGCGAGGCGCCUUAUUCGCUAAUUUAAAAGGAGGAGAAGGGAGCAAGUCAGGGAGAAGACUCUGACUGCUAACAUGUAUCCCACCACUGCACACUAACACUGCUCACCUAGUUUCUAAAAGCUGUUAUCCUGAGACGGCUGUGACGGCGUUGAAGGGUUGAGUGAGAGAGACUGCUCUGUGGGUUUCCUGGGCUGGUCUCUCGCUCCACAUCGGGGUUGUGUUCUGUCAGAGAGAUGAGAAGGCCGACGACUGUAUCUGCUGAACCCGUUAGACCUGUCGGGUUUCUCAAUUUCGCGCACGUGAAUGCACAGCCCCACGCCACAUGCGAGUUCGUACAAGACCACCCCACAAUCCUAUGUGCAGAGGAGGAGCUUCUAGCAGUGUUUAACCAAAACCACUGCACACGGGCAGCCUGUCACCACUGCGUCAGUAGCAGUCAGUCACGCACCCAACUUUAUUUAAAAUCAACACACAAAGCCUCUCAUACACACUAAUAUAUGACACAUCACAAUAUACUGUAUAUAAAUUCAAACACAAAUACCUACAAAGUCCCUGCAAAGUCUUAAGAAGGACAGAGAGGAACAUUUGCAGUUCGUAAGGCUGAUCUAUUACAAUCCAAGCUUCAAACAGGGUCUCCCUAGCAACAUUCUUCUCCCAUCCUUCUGUCCAGCCUCGGAUUGUGGGCCUUGUGUGUGAGUCGCUAACAGGGCUAUGGCAGGGAUUUGCUGGUAUACGCUCCUCAUACUGUAAUCCUAGUCCCUUCGCUGUAAACCUGCCGUGUGCCUCCUCUCCUUCAGCGUGGACUGCAGAGCUACGCUAACAUCCCGCUGCUCCUUGCUGCCAGUCUCUGCAGGGGAGGAGGUCCCUUCUCGAUGCAGAUAGUGGUGUUUUUGUCAGCCUUUCUUUUUUUUAAUGCUUCUUUUAAUGUGCGCAAUAAAAAGGAAUGCAAUUAAGCCCUGCACACUUACAUGCUGGUGGAGUAUGUGUUCUCUCCUUGGCAGAAUGAUUUAGCGUGGUAACCACCUUCA